GCACCCUUGGGCUGAUGUUGAAGUAGGGAACUUAUGCCAGCUUAAGAUUGCCAAGAAGCUUGUAUAGAAGAGGGUUCUGUUUUGUGGGCCAUCAGGUUAUGCUUGGUACCUCGGAGAAUGAGCGUUCCUGCAGUGGCCUGGAAGUGAACUUCCAUGCGUCUCAGAGUGUCCUCCCCUCUUAAUGAGCCCGAGAGCCUGUCUAGUCAUGACAUUCAGAGGGCACCAAGGGGGAUUGAUGCCAAACUCUUUGUCAAGCCAAAAACAUGGGGCAACUACUGCGAUUUUAUGACGAAGCAGCUUGUCUGCAUGGUGUUGACUUCAUCAAGCCUUCAGAAGACUUACCUUCAUUAUGAUCCCUCUUCCCCAACUCAUCCCCUGGAAUCAAGUUCAACCCAUCCCCUGUCGUCUAAGGGAACUGAUCCUUGUACUGGCACGGGGACCUCCUCUGGGUUGAAAAUCCCACCCAUGAAUGUCCAUCUUCCUGGCUACCCAGGAUGGAGUUUCUGGGAUGGGAGGAUUGAGAGACACAUCCCCUGCCCUGACACUGUAUAUGGUGUCCCGACAACUUAUGAUUAUAUUCCAAGCCAUCGCUACGAUGAUUUAAUGAGAAUGGUGUAUGGUCUCCGGCUUCUACAGAUUGAUUCCAGCAACCGUAUCGCCGCGUUGGAGAAAGACAACGCUGCGUACCAGAAAAAAAUUAAAGAGCUUCAGCUUGUGGAGCAUUGAGGAGGGGAGUGACGUUGAGGGGAGUGGAGGAAAACAAUGAUUGGGAUAGUGCCUUGUACUAUUGUGUGACUGGUCUCUCUUUCUUUUCUCCCUCUUGCCUACUAUCUCUUUUUCCAUGAUUUCAUCCCUGCAGUUGAAAGUGUCAAAUAUGUUUGAGCUAUUGAAUAAGUUGUCAACUGUUUCCAAGUUCUGGACAUCAUUUUAAGUUGUAAGUGUAUAGAAUUUUAUAUCGAAGGGUGUGUGUGUAGUACAAA